AUGUCGAGUCCAGCCAAGAGUCGCAAGCGAGUGCGCUUCUCAGACCAACCUCAGAUUCGGGAGUUCGAACCUGCUUUGUUUCCUGCGGCUGAGUCGACGGAUCUGCAGGAUCUAGAGGGUGGCAUCGAUGCGGUGCACCUGACCACCGUGGAUCCCGCGAGGGCGGCAUCUGAUCGUGCAAAGCGGCGCAGGGAUGCCCUGAUGAUGAGCUUUGAGGAGGGCAUGGAAGGGGACGAGCUUGCCGCAGAGGCCGAGUAUGAUGACAUCCCUGUCUCCAGCAGGCUUGAGCAUUCGGCCCGGUUGGAGCCUUUCCACAUGAAGCGAGAGAGGGAGCUGGGUUACUUUGACGCCGAAACAGGGGACUAUGUCGAGUACGCAUCUCGGAGGGACGUCCCUGACGCGUGGGCCGAUGCACUCCCAGUCACCGAGUCCAUGGAGGAUGAGGACGACAGCGAGUCAGCUGAGGAGGCUGAGAUUGAGAUGGGCGCAGACAAGGGCGGCGAUCCUGCAUUGCUGAGGAAAACCAUCGUGCACGCCCUGCGUGAGGGCGAGACCGUGCUGAGCGCGCUCCGCCGCAUCGCCAGGGAGCGGGAGGUGGCGACGGGCGGCGGUGCUGCGGCUGCCCCGCUUCGGCGAGCGUCCAUGCUCCCGGCCGCGGCGGCAGCCUUCGAGGAGCUCACGGAUGCGGCGGCGCAGCUCAUGCGCAGCCUGAACAUAUAUGGCGAGGAGGGCGGGGAGGGGCGGGCCGAGACCCCGGUGUCGGAGCGGCCUCUGUCCCCCGCCGAUGCGGAGGCCCGCGCGGCGGGCGAGGGCGACUCGAAGGGGCCACGGCUCCUCCCUUCCCCGCUGGCGCAGGCCCAGCCCUCCCCUUCCUCGCCGGAGCCCAAGGAGGAAGGCCCUGCACCCAGCCCAGUUCCCUCCGGCGUGGGAAGCGACCCGCUGGACGGGUUCCAAUUAGACCCCGGAUCCGGGCAGUGGGUGAACCACUCCCUGGGCUGCACCUUUGACCCCGCGACCCAGUUGUACGGGGACGUGGAAAGCGGCGCGUGGUACCGCUGGCAGGACGGGCAGUACCACCCGGUCGUCACAGGCUCCUCCUGA